AUGGAGAAAAUGACAGCAAGCUCGGUUUUGAUAUCAGUAGUAUGUGUAAUAGUAUUGACAAUGUUAAUGAAAGUGGUGAAUUGGGUAUGGUUGAAGCCGAAGAAGAUGGAAAAAUUACUCAAACAACGAGGUUUAUCUGGUACUUCUUACAAAUUCUUGUUUGGAGAUCUAAAAGAAUUCACCUCAAUGCGCGCCGAAACCUUAAAAACCGCCAUAACUGGCUUCUCCCAUGAUUAUUUUCCUCGUGUGGAACCUCUCCGCCAUCAGAUUGCAUCAAAGUUUGGAAACGAUUACUUCUUCUGGUUUGGCCCCAUACCUAUGAUACAAAUCUCAAAGCCAGAGAUGAUUAAAGAGGCAUUGAUCAAGACAGACGAAAUACGAAAGGUGAAGGUGAACCCCAUUUUUGACAAGCUUUUGCCAGGGGUUGUAAGCUACGAGGGAGAGAAAUGGGCCAAACACCGGAAGUUGAUAAAUCCUGCCUUCCAUGUAGAGAAGUUGAAGCUUAUGUUACCCGCAUUCCGUGAUAGUUGUGAAGAAAUUAUCAACAAAUGGGAGAUGGUUGUAGCUGAAAGGGGUUCAGGAGAGCUAGAUGUGUAUCCGGAUAUAGUGCAACUCAGUGCGGAUGUGAUCUCUAGAGCAGCAUUCAGUAGCAGCUAUGAGGAGGGACAAAGGAUAUUUGAACUCCUCAAGGAGCAGACUAAAGUAGCUCUUCUUAUUGUAAAAUCAGUUUAUUUCCCAGGACUGAGAUUCAUUCCAACACCGAGAAAUAGGAGAUUCAAAAAGAUAGAAGACCAGAUACGUAGUUUGCUGCGUGCAAUCAUCAACAAAAGGAAAGAGGAAAUUGAUGCAGGAGUAGCAGUGAAGGCUGACCUGUUGGGUAUACUCAUGGGUUCCAAUUCUAAAGAGAUUCAACAAGCUGCUGACAAUAACAAAAAGCAACAGGAUGGGAUGAGCCUUGAAGAGGUAAUUGAUGAGUGUAAAUUAUUUUACUUGGCUGGACAAGAAACUACAUCGACAUUAUUAGUUUGGACAUUGAUUUUUUUGAGCAAGCAUCAAGAUUGGCAAGCACGAGCAAGAGAAGAAGUCUGUGAAAAAUUUGGGAAUAAUGUGCCUGACUUUGAAGGCUUAAACCAUCUGAAGACAAUGACUAUGAUACUGUAUGAGGUUCUCAGACUCUAUCCACCAGCAAUGCAGAUGACAAGAUCAAUUCAUAAGGAUACAAAUUUAGGUUCAUUGUUAGUUCCGUCCGGAGCAAUGAUCACUCUCUAUAUGCAUCCUGCUCACCGGAAUCAGGAAGUUUGGGGUGAUGAUGCAGAAGAAUUCAAACCAGAAAGGUUUGCUAAAGGGAUUGCUAAGGCAACAAAAGGGAAUACCUCAUUUUUCCCCUUCGGUUGGGGACCAAGAAUAUGCAUAGGUGAAAAAUUCGCCAUGACGGAAGCAAAAAUGGCAAUAUCCAUGAUUCUACAACGCUUUUCCUUUGAGCUCUCACCAUCCUACGUUCAUGCACCCAAGAUUAUUAUGUUUCUACAACCUCAACAUGGUGCUCAGAUAAUCUUACACAAGCUAUGA